GUGCUUGGACGGGAAGUUUAUACCUCCAACAACCAGCUGGGCGGGAUCCAGAUCAUGCACAACAACGGAGUGACGCACAGCACGGUGUGCGAUGAUUUCGAAGGAGUCUACACUAUUCUGCAGUGGCUUUCCUACAUGCCAAAGAGUGUCUACAGCCCUGUCCCUAUCCUCAAAGUCAAGGAUCCUAUAGAUAGAACCAUAGAGUUUGUUCCUACCAAGACUCCCUAUGAUCCUCGCUGGAUGCUGGCUGGACGCCCAAAUCCAAGUCAGAAAGGACACUGGCAAAGUGGUUUCUUUGACAAUGGCUCGUUCCUGGAGAUCAUGCAGCCCUGGGCGCAGACAGUUGUGGUUGGAAGAGCAAGGCUGGGAGGAAUACCUGUAGGAGUAGUUGCCGUAGAAACGAGAACGGUGGAGCUCAGCAUCCCUGCUGAUCCUGCAAACCUGGACUCUGAAGCCAAGAUAAUCCAACAGGCUGGGCAGGUGUGGUUCCCUGACUCGGCCUUUAAGACUGCGCAGGCUAUCAACGACUUCAACAGAGAAGGGCUGCCUCUCAUGGUCUUUGCUAACUGGAGAGGCUUCUCUGGUGGAAUGAAAGACAUGUACGACCAAGUGCUCAAGUUCGGGGCCUACAUCGUGGAUGGCCUGAGAGAGUAUCGCCAACCCGUGCUUAUCUACAUCCCGCCACAGGCGGAGCUGCGAGGAGGCUCCUGGGUGGUGAUUGACCCCACCAUCAACCCUCGGCACAUGGAGAUGUACGCGGACCGAGAGAGCAGAGGAGGGAUCCUGGAACCGGAGGGGACGGUUGAAAUCAAAUUCCGCAGGAAGGAUCUGGUGAAGACGAUGAGGCGAGUGGACCCCGUCUACAUCCGCCUGGCCGAGCGGCUCGGAACCCCCGAGCUGAGCCCUGCUGACCGGAAAGAGCUGGAGACCAAGCUGAAGGAGCGGGAGGAGUUCCUCGUUCCCAUCUACCACCAGGUGGCCAUGCAGUUCGCCGACCUGCACGACACGCCCGGGCGGAUGCAGGAGAAGGGCGUCAUAACGGACGUCCUAGACUGGAAAACUUCCCGUACCUUCUUCUACUGGAGGUUACGACGUCUUCUUCUAGAAGAUGUGGUGAAAAAGAAGAUCCACGACGCCAAUCCCGAGCUGACUGAUGGGCAGAUCCAGGCUAUGCUGCGACGCUGGUUUGUGGAAGUUGAAGGGACGGUGAAGGCGUACCUGUGGGACAGCAACAAGGACCUGGUGGAGUGGCUGGAAAAGCAGCUGACGGAAGAGGAGGGCGUCCGCUCGGUUGUGGAGGAAAACAUCAAAUACAUCUCGAGGGACUACAUCCUCAAACAGAUCCGGAGCCUGGUCCAGGCCAAUCCCGAGGUUGCCAUGGAUUCGAUUGUGCACAUGACCCAGCAUAUAUCACCCACCCAGCGAGCCGAGAUCGUGCGGAUCCUCUCCACAAUGGACUCGCCUUCUUCAACGUAAGAGCAUCGAUUUCCCACACUCCCCUCCUGCCCCGUACAGUGGAGGGGAAAAAAAAA